AUGGCUCGACCGACUGUUCUUCACCUAACAAAGAAAAUCUUUGGUUUUCAUAGUGAGAAUACUGAUCAGCGUUGGAUUAAGGAACGGCUGGAGAAGUUGAGAUGCCAAUUUACAUGGACGUUGCUGAUUGAAGACAAUGAAAUACAUGAUUUAGAAAGCAGGAUCUUUGAGGAGAUUGAGUUCCUAGACAUCAAAUACAAUGUGGGAAUGCACAAUUUACUGGCCUAUGUGAGAUACCUGGAAGGCCAGAAUGAAGAAAGCCUGGAGAGUUUGAAAAGGGCUGAAAAAUUAAUCCAGCAAAAACACGCGGACCAAUCUGAUUUGAGAAGUCUGGUUACCUGGGGCAACUAUGCCUGGGUAUAUUACCACAUGGGAAAGCUGGCAGAAGCCCAGACUUACCUGAACAAGGUGAAGAACACUUGCAAGAAGUUUUCAGACACCUCCGGCUACACGAUAGAAUGUCCUGAGAUAGACUGUGAGGAAGGGUGGGCCUUGCUUAAGUGUGGAGGACAAAAUUAUGAACGGGCCAAAGUCUGCUUUGAAAAGGCUCUUGAAGUGGAUCCUAAAAACCCUGAAUCCUGCGCUGGGUAUGCAAUUACUCUCUAUCGCCUAGAAGGCAUGAGCUUACUGGAAACAGGGCUUUCUCUGCAACCUCUAAAGCAGGCCCUGAGGCUAAAUCCAGAAAAUGCAUAUAUCAAAGCUCUCUUUGCCCUGAAGCUUCAGGAACUAGGACAAGAAGCUGAAGGAGAGAAGUAUAUUAAAGAAGCACUGGCCAGCACAUCCUUCCAGAACUAUGUCUUACGAUACGCAGGCAAGUUUUACCGAAAACAAGGCUCUCUGGAUAAAGCCUUAGAGUUCUUACAAAUGGCCUUGAGGGCAAUGCCUGACUCUGCCUUGUUGCAUCACCAGAUAGGUCUUUGCUAUAGGCAGAAAGUGUUCCAAAUGAAGGACGGUACAAACAGGAAGCCUAGAGGACAAGACAGAGACUAUGACAAGAAAAUAAAAUCAGCCAUAUAUCAUUUGGAAUUUGCAGUGAAACAAAAGCCCACAUUUGAUAUUGCUUAUAUUCACCUGGCAAGUAUGUAUAUAGAAGCAGGUGACUACAGAAAAACUGAAGAAACUUUUCAAAAAGCAUUAGAAAUCAAUCCACAAGACGAAUUAAAAAAGCAAAAGCUACAUUUUCACUAUGCCAAAUUUCAGGAAUUGCAAAUGAAAAAUGAAGUCUGUGCAAUUACCUAUUAUUUAAAAGCAAUAAAAAUAGGAAAAGGUCCUGCUUUAAAGGAUAAAAGUAUCAGUGCUUUGGAGAAAUUGGCUUUAAGGAAAUCUCAAAGAAAUGCCUCUAAUGAGGAAAGUUUGAGCCUCCAUGAGUUUGUCUGCAAAUUGAGAGGAGAAACGAAGAAAGAACCGGAGAAUUAUGAAAAGGUCAUAAGGCUGGUUACUGACUUUGAGAACUCUGAGAAAUGA